UUUGCCUGGUGACAGGCGAGUUCUAUAAAACUCCAACAGGGGGCGGUAACAUGUCAUUUUUCGUAGAUGAUGUCUUAGAGAAAUUCAGAGAAGAAGACAUGGCGUCACGACUCCGCAUAAACAAUCUGAGGUCGACACUGACAGAAAUUAGAAGAUUUGACUGCUGAAAAAUGUUCAACAGGUGGUUUUGCCAUCAGGUUCUUUACCACGAUGCCUUUGUAGUUUGCUUGUCUAGAUUUAUGGGUUUAAGGUGUCCGCUGCAUUGACGUAAACACUGGAUCUGGAAGAACAUGAACCAUCUGUAAGAGAGUGACCAGAACAGUGAUCAGAAAAAUGGAAAUAAUGGUUGUGAACGUAUCGCCCACUUCCCCUGCUACGGCAACUCUUCCUCCAUCUCCUGUUCUGGAGGAAUCCGGUUUUCCCCUCGCCUCCUUGGACAGUGAGGAAUACGUGUUUGUAGAGGCACGCCAUCCCAACAAGGUGCUGGAAGGCCUCAACAGUCUGCGCCUGAAUAAUGCCUUUUGUGAUGUGACACUGUGCUGCGGAGGACAGGAGUUUCCCUGCCAUCGCAUCGUGCUUGCCUCUUUUAGCUCCUAUUUUCAGGCCAUGUUUUCCACUGAUCUAAUGGAGUCGCGUCAGGAGCGCGUGGCCAUCAACGGUGUGGAGCCGCAGAUGAUUGGCAUGCUGGUGAGCUACGCCUACACGGCCGAGGUGGUCAUUUCCAAAGCCAAUGUACAGGCCCUCCUGGCCGCCGCCAACCUCCUGGACGUGAUGGCAGUGCGUGAGGCCUGCUGCCGCUUCAUGGAGCGCCAGAUGGACGAGAUCAACUGUGUGGGCAUCCACUGUUUCGCCGAGGCGCACUCCUGUCACGAGCUGGAGCGCCGCAGCAUGGAGUACAUCCAGCAGCACUUCAGCACCGUCUGCCAGCAGGAGGAGUUCCUGUCUCUGUGUGCUGACAAGCUGACUGAGAUUAUCUCCAGCGACCACCUGAACGUGCCAAAAGAGGAAACAGUGUUUGAGGCAGCAAUGCUCUGGCUAAACAAGAGCACGUCUCGGAGACAGAGCUUUGAAAAAGUGCUUGAACACAUUCGCAUGCCCCUCAUAAGCCCGUACUACAUCCAUGACGUCAUUGAGUCCCUGGAUGUGGUCAAGGAGUCCCUCAAGUGCCAGAGGCUCAUCUCCGAGGCCAAGGAUUACAUGCUGCUGCAGGACCGCAGAGGGGAGCUCUACGGCCCCAGGGCUCGGCCUCGCCGCUCCACAGGCACAGCUGAAGUCAUUGUGACAGUUGGUGGGGAGGACGACAAGGUGGUUCUACGAAGUGUGGAGAGCUUUGACCCCCUGACCAACCAGUGGAAGAGCCUUGCUUGUCUUCCAUUUGCUGUCAGCAAACACGGUUUAGUUGUUUCAGGCUCCAUGUUAUAUCUAGCAGGAGGGGAGUUCCCAGAUGGCUCAGCCAGCCGUGAGAUGUGGCGCUAUGACCCCUGCUUUGACUCAUGGCAGGAGAUGGCCCCAAUGAAUGUAGCACGCUCAGAACUGGGUCUAGUCAUGCUGGAUGGAUAUGUGUUUGCUGUGGGGGGCUGGGAGGGCCGCUCUCGCCUAGACACAGUGGAGUGCUACAAUCCCCACACCAACAGCUGGCAGUUCAUGGAAUCAGUCAAGAUGGCAGUCACCAGCCCUGCUGUGGUAGCAUUAGAUGGUCUUCUUUAUGUCACAGGUGGAGCU